GGGGGAGUUUCUCCCGCUCUCGCUCCCUCUCCCUGCACCCAGCUCAGCAUGCCCCAGCCCCUGAGCACCUCCACAGCUCUCCCAGCUCCACUACCAUGUGUAGAUGGACAGUGACACAAGGUGCACCGGUCGCCUGGUUCUCCUGCUGCCCCUGCUGCAGACCUCCUUCACUCCUCCUCUCCCUCACCUUCCUGCUCUUGCUUCUCCUGCUUGGACCCUCCUCGUCCUCGCCGCUGUCAUCGUUAGACUCUGACAACCACAAUGCACCAGGAAGGACUUCUCCUCACAUCUUCAUCUCGCAUCCGCCACCUUUCUCAUCGCCCGCGCCGCUUCACGCAUCCUCUGCGAGGUUGCCACGGGCGACCAACGUGUCAUCCUCUUCCGCGACGGUCGUCGGCCGUCACGUGCGGAGCAGCUACACACAUCUGCAAGGAGAUGUGCGCAGGAGAAAACUGUUCUCCUUCCAGAAAUUCUUCCUUCGCAUUGACAAGGAAGGAAACGUUAACGGCACCAAAAGUGAGGACGAUCCAUACAGUCUUCUGGAGAUCAAAUCAGUGGAUGUGGGAGUGGUGGCCAUCAGGGGCCUCAGCAGUAACCACUACCUGGCCAUCAGGAAGAACGGAGUUCUGUACGGAGCGAGGGACUUCGGUCCGGACUGUCGACUAAUCGAACGCAUUGAGGAGAACAAGUACAACACCUACGCUUCGGCUGAAUGGCGGAACAAGAAGAAGCACAUGUUUGUGGGACUGAACGCCAACGGGAAGCCGUUGAAGGGAAGGAGGACACGGAGGAAAAACACAGCUACUCACUUCCUGCCCAUUGUGGUGCGAUGAUUGGACAAAUCAGCCGAGAAAGCAGCUCUGCAGACUGCAGGGUGUCGGACAUUUCUGGAGCUACAGCGAUGACUACAUUGGAUAGAUCUGACUCUGAUCUGUAUGAUGCACUGAGGAGGAAAAGAAAGAAAACCUAUAGACUUUUUCUCCCUGUUGAAUAAAGACAUUUCUAUUUUUAAAGAAAGAAAUAAGAUAUAUCGGUAUACAAUGUAUAUAUUAUUUUCUGUUUUAAGUUAUAAAGUACACUGGCACAGUAAAAAAUAUGAAAAGAAAUGACUUCUGUGCCAAAAUGUGAUUCAGUAACUCACAUUUCUAGAUUUGUGUACACGUGAAGUGCGCGACUGGGAAGAGAUGAAACGACAAAAGACGUAAGAAAAGAGAGGGAAGUGGAGGAAGUAUUAUUAGAAAGCUGAGUGACUGAGGACAAGAGGAAAAGACAAGAAAGCUGGAAAAGAAAAAGAACGCAGAGCCGAAACAACGUAGUCAAGAAAGCACCAAAACAGCAGCAAGUCUAACACUAUCAUGUUUUUUUUUCUUUAAAUUUAUUUAUUUUGUAUAAUAUUUAACGAAAAAGAACAAAAACACAAAAAGGACAAGUUAUUGUCUUUUUUUACCAUUUAUGCUUCUCUUUUUGAAUACUAAUCAUUUAAACCUGAAUAAAUAUAAAGAAUAUAUUUGUCUUUAA